UUUAAUCGAUAGUUGGCAGAUUAGGAACCUGGAAAGUUUUCACGUUCUUCACGGAGAAGUGCAAUAACAAAAGUGGGUGUUACGCUUUUAGAUAAAUUUGAUUAAAUCGAAAAAUGUGUCCCAUAAUAAUGAAAUCACAAUCAAGCAUUGAAAAUUUCCGACUUAUUUAGCAUAUUUCGAAAAUCACUUUUAAGUUACCAAAAUCGCUAAUUUCCAGUAGAUUUGGUCUUUUUAUUUCUUAUGAAUCAACUGAAGGAAACUUCUCCACCUGUAUCAGCAAUGGCUACACCAACAAAUAGUAGUGGAAAUUUAGUUGAUGAAUUUGAAGAAGCCUUCCAGUCAUGUUUAAAUGUUCUAACCAAAGAAGAAGCUAUACCUGCAACUGACAAGGAAGAAAUUAAAGUAGAAGUUGAACAAACCACACUCCGUUUCAUUGAUUUAGCGAGACAAAUGGAGGCAUUUUUCCUGCAAAAACGUUUUCUUCUGUCUGCGCUCAAGCCAGAAAUGAACGUAAAGGAAGAUGUCAGCGAGCUAAGACUAGAAUUGGCAAGGAAAGAAGAAUUACUUAAGAGACAUUAUGAGAAGAUUGCGGUGUGGCAAAAUCUAUUAGCUGAUUUGCAUAGUUAUGCAAAAAGCCCUGCCCAAACUGGUAAUGCAACCCCCGGUGGUGGCUCAGUUCCUCCAUCCCCUUUGCCUUCCAUUCCUGGUAACCAGACUCCGAACCAAAUAAUGUCCAGUAUGCCGACAGCCAUGCAGUUGCAGCAACAACAGCUCCAGCAAAUGCAACAACAGCAGAUCCAAAUCCAACAGCAGCAAAUGCAACAGAUGCAGCAAAUGCAGGUCCCUCCUGGUUUAAGCGGAGGGGGCGCUGUCGUUCCCGGUAUGCUUUCUCCUCAGCAGGCAAUGUUUAUGCAACAGGGCAUGGCCAGUGCAAGGGGUAGCCCUUUUCCGCAACAGGGCCCCGGGGGUGUCCUCCAGGGCCCACUGGCUUACCUUGAGAAAACUACGAGUAAUAUAGGUAUGACAGAUGGCAGGAGGUGACGCGGACGCGGGAGAGGGCGUGGCAGGGGAAGGGGAAGAGGCAGAGGGCGUGGUCGCGGGGCCUUGCCGGACUACAUAUCCCCUUAAACCCUCUCCCGGCCAGUAUAGGGUGCCCGCUGUAACAAUACAGGUUUGGUCAGCUUGGGACUGUUCUGGAUCCACUUCUAAGUAAACUAAGAAUGUGCAAUGUAAAUUGCCUUCAUCUCACAGUAAGUUGUUUUGUUGAAGAUAUCUGUAUAAGUAGAUUAGAAGUGGAUAGAUGCAGAACAGAUUUUUUUUGUAAAUUAACAUUCCAACAUUAAUGGGGACAUUAAAUAUUUAUGUUUAGGAGAGUAGGUUCUAUUGUUUUCAGAUUUGUUGCUUUUCGUUAAUUGAUAUGCUAGUCAGACAAGGUCAUUGACAAAAAUGUUACAGGUUAAUAGGGAUUAUCAAUUGCAAUAAUGCUGGGAAAGAAUGAGGCCUAAAGAUUUUGUAAUCUAGUCAUAAAGUUUCAUGCAACAAAUCCGAAAAUUCAACUUUAAUAAAUAGUAGUUUAGCAAAAUGAAAAAUGGUUUUAGAACUAAUAAAUUAUGUUUAAUACCUUUUUUUAUUGGUUUGUAUCACUUUUUUUUUUCAUAAACUUGGAGUCUUUGUUUCUUCGUUUGAUGUGUUGGCACACCGUGAUUGGCCCAUUUUAAUAGCUUUAAUUCUUUUCUUGUUGCUUGUUUGAUCAUUGUUCUAGAUACCCGGAAGAAAAUUAAUUAAAUUGAUUUUUUAAUUGUUGUUACAAAGAUCUGGUGUUUAUUUUUUAUGGGGAAUGUAAACCUUUUUGAUUAAGUAAAUAAGGACAGAUAUAUACAGGUUGAUAAUUUACGUCACUUGGCAAGUACCUAACCUAACAAAACUUCAGAAACCGUUAUUUUAAAAUUACCGUGAUAAUGAAAGCAAAUUUUGAUUUUCAAAAAAUUGGAAUUGUUGGAUGUUAAUUGGAUAAUAAUUUUAUUUCUUUGUUCUUGUUUUACCAUUGAUUUCUUAUUAUCAUUUUGUCAAUCAUUUAAGUGACUUUUUAUUGUUACAUUCCUGAUUUGCUAAAAGCGCAAAUAUUUAAGGAGAGAUUAAUAAUGAGUGGAUAUUGCGUUUUAGCGAUUGUUAAAACGAACCAACUGACCAAAGAGUGUUAAUAAAAAAAAAAAAGCAGAAUUUAAGUUUUAACAGUAGUAGAGUCCAUGAGGUUAUACAAUAUGUAUUCACAAUAAAUAAAAAAAAUAACGCGGAUGAUAUCCCGAAAUAUAUUAUCCUCACGAAAAUAUUUAUAUAGUUAUAUAAAAGUUGUAUGUUUUUUGUCUUACAUCUUGUAUUUAUUCCCUUCGUUCUGAACUCAAGUUCCUCUAAAUUGACAAGAGUACUCAAAAGCUGAUGAUGUUAAACUAUAUGAUUUAUUGUUUAUUUUGGUUUAAAGAAUGAAUGUAGCACAAAACAAGAUACUACGUAAAAUAACAACUGCUACUUUUACAAAUUAAUUGGUUAAUUUAAAAGAUAUGUUGUGUUUGUAGCAAUUUUGAUAGAAAAUUAACUAUAACAAAUAAAUAUUCUGAAUCCUAAAUACUUUUUACUUACUUAUUG